AUGAGGCAGCGCACUCGCUUUGAGGCAGGGCAGGUGUAUGUUGUCUUCGGCAGCUUGGCACCAGUGUGGCACCCGGAGACAAGAGAAUGGAUGGGCCAGCUCCCACGUCGGACCCCUUUUGCGGGGGCCGUGAAGAUUGCUGGCCAGAGACCAGCCCACCGGGAAUACCGUGUUGCUGAAUUAUAUGCCGGGGCUAUGGGUGGAUGGGCAACAGCUGCUAAGGAACUUCCUCAGUGGACAGUCGAGGUGUCUGUUGAGUGUGACAAGCAGGCGGCCUCCACAUACUGCCUUAAUCAUCCUUGCUUGGUGUGCCACGAUCCUGGAGACUUGAUUCAGAGGCCUGAUACAAGGCCCCUUCUCGCUCUGGGUGAAAUUGAGAAUCUGUUGUGGACAAACUUGUUGAACUUGGUGGAUGUGAAUGUUUUUACCAUUUCCUCCCCAUGCCAGAGUUGGUCCAACAUUGGCUCGCGAUCCGGCACAGCAUCACCGAAUGGCCGUACAUUGAUGCAUGCUGUGCAACUUUGCCGCCUGUUGCAACCCUCCGUGGUCCUCUUUGAGCAGGUGGCUGGUUUCCGUCAGCAUGAUGAGUUUGAUCAGUUCAUGCAAGCAAUGCAAGAAGCAGGUUUCAGGGUGGCUACCAGUGGGGUGCAUGAUCUGGAAUUGAUUUCAUACACUACCAGGCGGCGGUGGCUGGCAGUGUUUGUGAACACCCUACAUGUUCACAGGUGGGACAUCCUCGGCAAGUGGCUGCACCCUGUGGUCAGAGCAUGCCCCACCUAUCAACCAGAGGAGCACUGCAUUGCCUUGUGGACAGAGGAACAAAGGAGUGUUGUCUCAAUCAAGGAGGCUGAGUUCCAGGUCCUCAAUGAUCCAGACUUGUUGCCUCGAUGGCAACGAGGUGCCCCAGGGGCACAAACAGGAGCCCUACCUUUCCGGGUGCAAGGCGCGGGCAUGACGCUCCCAACUAUCGUGGCCUCUUACAGGAAGUCUGUGGAGAUACCAAAGGACCAGCUUCUACCGGCAGGGCUCAUGUCGUGGAUUAUUCGAGAUGCCUACGGGGAUAUCAGGUGGAUGGGAAAGUUCGAGGCAGCAGUUGCGCUUGGUUUCCCAGCUACCAUGGCUCUUCCUCAAGAUGAACGAGUGGCCUUCCAAGCUGUGGGAAAUGCUAUAUCUCCCCUGCAGGCCCUCCUGGUCAUGACAGCAGCGCACAAUGCUUGCCAAGCUCAGCAGGCGGACCCUGGCGAGGACCUUUUCCAGCCUGCAGUGUCAGCGUUGCGCAGCCGCACCAACCCCAUGGAUACCUAUAUGAUCCGGGCCUUCGGCAUCCAUCAUGAAGCUGUGGUAUCGCGCCUCCAUAAUCCCCAGUAUGACCUUCGAUGCCCUCACUGCCGCCAGCAGACUUCACAGCCCUUGCUGUUGGCAUGCAUCGAAUGCUGUAUGGUUGCUUGCCACCGGUGCAUUUCGGAACAGUGCCUCCCCUCGCACUUUCAAGUGGUGCAAGCCAAGCGGCUCGAGGAUGAGGGCAAUGAGCUUCAAUCGGAACCGGUGUUGGCCGGGGCCGCAUUGUAUACUGCCGAGGAUUUGGACACGGGCUUCAUCCAUGAGGUCAAUUGCUUCCGGACGCCGGACUUGGGGGCGCUUGUUAUUCAUGAGGACCUCCACUCCCAGACCAGGUUCUUCCACAACCAAGAGAUGAUCCAAGACUACUACCGGCCAGAGCAUGGCACCCACGUGCACUUCAAGAGGUUCCUUCGCCAGGAUGAUGCCUGCCCCCUUUGCUUGACCUUCGGCAUGAACACGCAGCUCCGGAUAUGCCUGUCUUGCAAAAGGAUGGGCUGCAAGCUAUGCAUUGUGGAUAAAUGUGACAGGUGCACCAACGGCAAACUUACAUGCCGAUCCUGCCAUGAGAAAGCUGCUGACAGCAAACUACGAGCCUUGCACGAGGCAGUCACUUUGCAGGUGGAACAGGACACUGUUCCAAUCAUCCCAGCUUGGGACUGGACCCUUGUCUGUGACAUUGAAGCGGAGUGGCAACUCUUGACAGUGAUGUGCUUCCCUACGGGCAGGGCGACCAUCAAGAGAUCUCAGUAUUAUGAUGGUAGCCACAUCACCGCUACCAUUCGGGCCAUGGGGUAUCAAGUUGAGGAUGCCGUGCAAAUCUUUUGGGGUGACUCUACCACCCCCAACCUCCUUAAGGCCAUCGACUCCUACAUCAUGGUGAUCCCCACCUCCUACUUGGUCUCGGGCCUAAUUCCUGUCAUCUCUCGGAGCCCGACAGGAGAGAGCAUCCGGAUGGUGCGUCCGACACAAAGCGGAGAGGCCUGUCAACAUCAAGUGCUCUCCCCUGAUGAACGGGAUCGAGGCUUCGUUCUUGCCCACGGGGAGCACAACCUUGAGGGUGAAACGGUCUUCACUUUACGUGCUGGAGACACGAUCCGCAAAAUCCCUCCAUGGCGAGAACAAGAGAGAUUCCUUGAAGCACCCGAUGAGGGAAUGGAGGUACUUGAUGAAGUCAUGGAAGUCUCUCCGGUGGCGCAGAUCCCCACAUCUGGUUUGGGCGGGACUAUGCCAGGCACUAUCACCAAUUGGUGCGGAGUUGUUAUGCUGGACGGCCGCUUUCAGCCUCUCCCUCUUCCGUGGCCAGGCCAAACGUGGGCAGAUUGGGUCGCCCACCUCCCACUACCAGCAGUGGACCGACUAUGGGCUACAUGGAAUGGUCGGGUGAUUGACGCGCACUCCCCCCUCGAAGGACGUCCUAUUCUUCUUCGACUACAUGCCCGCUUGCCAGGCGGAGCCAAAGGAAGCAAUGCUCGAGGGGAUGCCACUUCCAGGAAAUUGGCCUCCCAUUUGGAAGCCAAGGGUGUCCCUAUCUCAGUGGCACCAGACAGGGCUGAGGCAAUCAUUGCUGCCGUCGGCCUGCCCGCUGUCCAAAGUGCCUAUGAAUCUACGGACCCUUGGCGAGCUCUCAAGACAGCUGUGGGCACCAAAAUCAGGAUGGUCAAGACUGAGGAGGUGAAAGCUUUCAAGCAGAAACCGGCAGCCUCAAGCGACAACCGAGGCCCAGACCCGUGGCAGCUUGCCGACCCAUGGCAACAAGAGCCCAAGCUACCCAAGGAAGGGCCCAAGGUGUGCAUUACUUUGGCGCACGGCCACUUCGUCGACCAAGGCGGUGAUCCUUUAGCCAUUCUUCAUCAGUUGGUCGCUGAAGGCAAGGGAGUGGCGCUCAGCAGUACUGAGGAGGUGCAAACUUUUGCGACGGCCAACUAUCUCUUGUCGGAAGAGGAACUGGGGGCUGUUGUGGUGGCACCACAGCAGCCGAAGACAGGUUCUUUGGAAUGCCGAGAGAUUUCUUUCCCUGCUAUGCAUGGAGAGGACAAAGUCUUGCUAAAGGGCUUCCUCAUUGAUUUCGGGCAAAAAAGGGUCCGCACCAAAGAGGCCGUGCACCGAGUGGACCUGGAGCCCCAGAACACAACAACCAUGGCCAUCGAGGUACGUAGGGAGUACCAGCAGAAUUGGGACAAUGUCGCCAAGAACCCCAUGAGAUUUGUCUGGUCGUGCAUUGAUGGUUUGCAAAGGAAUGUUGUGUCUACUUGGUCGCGAAAAUUCUUUUCUGGCCGUCGCGAGAGCAAGCCAGAUGUGGCCUCCACUUGGCACAUGUUCCUCAAGGUACCCGGAGACGCCAUCGAGCCCUUCCUCCGCCUCUCUGGAAGGUGCGGGAUCUUCAUCACGCCCAAGGCCAGCGAGACCAACAAUGUUGCAGGUCACUACAGGGUGAUCUGGCUGGAUCAUGCUGACCUCGAGAAGGCCCUCACACUCCAGAGAGCCCACCCAGAGAUCAUCGGCCUCGUUCGGGGCAGGGACACACUCGGUGUCAGAGUGAAGGUCGGGGAUUAUUCUGCUACAAGGGUGAAGCUUGAGCCAACAUGGUCUUCCCAGGGCCUCCUCACAGAUAUCGUCGUGGAACAGAAGUGGGUUGUGGCCCCGCUGCCCGCCCACUCAGACCGAGGCUCAUUGCAGCAGGCUCUUAUCAAGUUGCCUUGGCGAGCGGUACCUUUGAAGCAACUCUCCGCUACCACUUGGUUGGUAGGCAGCUCCCUUGCUGCCCCGCCCCCAACGGAUGUCAUCGAGAUUGGUGGUCAGCCGGUGCUCAUCACUAAGCAGACAGCCAAGGCCACCAGGAAUACCGAUCAGGUUGUCCUCGCGGCCCCCCCAGCAUUCCGGAAGUCCUUCAACACCGAGAUCAACAAAGGUAGAUGGCAGACGCCUGCUACCGUGGUUUCACAGUCCGAGGCGGCGAUGGAGCAAGCGUCUGGACCCCCGGCGACCGCCAGAACUCUUCUCGCAGACUUGCGUGAUGAGGUCAACACUCGCUUGGGGGAUUUCCAGGCCCAGAUCCAGACAGCGGUGAACCAAGUCAACGUCCGUGUGCAAGAGGCACACGACCUGGCGUCCACAGCAGCCAUGGAGGCCGAAGCCCUUGCGACCAAGCAGGAUCAUCGUAUUCAACAAGUCGAGAAUGCUGUUCAACAGCUUUCUGUUUCUAUUGUUACCAAGGCGGACCUGACGGGUGCCCUCAGCGCUGCCAUGGAACAGCAAUCCAAGGAGCUUCGAGUUCUGCUGGCCAAGCGGUCACCAGACGCAACACCAACAAAUGAUUCCAAGGUGAUCCACGAGGCUGGUGCCGCUUUUCAAUUAGGCCCGUGGUCUCUCCAGGUCAGCAAUGUCGUCUCGGCCUCCAAACACAUUGAGAACUUUGAGAAUACUUCCGAUUGCUAUGUCUGGUCGGAGACCAAUGCAACAGCAGCAGCACAAUCCAAGAUCCUCAAGGCUUCCAAGAAGUUCAAAGGAUAUCAGAUUCCUUGCUACAAGUUGGUCCAGUACAAGCUUUUCGACAAGCUGAUUCUUUUGCUAUCCCUACCAUUAUUGCCGGACCCAGAACCAACCUAUAAAGGAAUCAGCAGACUUGACUACGUGAUCUGCAACCCAUUGGCCGCUACUGCUUUCCAGGAUAUCCAAGUGGACCCCAACGGGUAUACAGACCAUGCGAUCCUUACAGCAGUUUUCGAUUGGAAUUGUUGUCCUUGCAAGAUCCCAACUUGGACCUUCCCGAGGGAUUUAAAGAAUGAGAAAGACACAUUGGCACAGGUCCGAGCAACCGAUGCCGACGCAACUCUGCAGCAGCUUUUUCUCCAGGCCAUUGAGCAGGAUGAUGUGGAUCAGGCUUUUGCCCUCUUUUGUCAGAGUUUCGAAGAUAAGGUGGUCAGAGCACAUCAGCAGGUUUGCAGUCGUCCUUUGUCUGGAGCCUAUCUAGGCCGGGGUUGUGCUAGGCUAAUCUUGCAAAGCCAGCGACAUGUCACUGUGUGCCAUGACUCUGCCACUGGCGUUGAUGGGAAACAACUUUUGCAAAGAUGCAAGCUCGUUCAGUGGCUCUUGGAACUUCAGUCUUUGCAGCAUCGUGGGUUGAAUAAGGCCAAACAAGUACAACUGUGGCAGAAGAUUUUUCGAGCACCUGGUUUCUCACCAGACUUCCCAACUUGGCUUCUCCAGAAUGAUGUAGUCGACGAGGUCCCCUUCACGACACCGUCGCAGCUGUGGAUUGAUAAGGUUUGUUCUGUCUUAUCGUAUGAGAAGCAGCUCUGGCAGCAGGCGCACCAGAAAAUCAAGCGAGAAAACCUCUCUAGAUGUAUGCAGCAGGACUGGUCCAAGGGUGGUCGGUUGCAUGCAAGCGCCGUCAAACCGACCCCCCUGGGCACCUUGGAUUCUUUGGUCAAAGAAAAGCCGCGAAAUUUUAAGCUGUUACGAUGCAAAAAGGGAGGACCUGUGCAACUACAGAUGCUGGAUGAUGAGCCAACGCCCCCUGGUGCAGCGUUUGUGUUUUCCAACCAAGAUCAGGUCAUCCGAUCAGAGGUUUCCAGGGUUAAGGGUUGUUAUGUUGAGUUGGACGUCCCGGCAACAGCUGGGAUAGCUGGGGCCAAGCUGGUCCAGGAGACAUGGACAACAGAUACCACAUUCAUUGCUGGGCAGGUCCAGACUUUUUGGAAGAAGUUUUGGCAAACCAGCAAACAACCAAACAUGUCUGAUGUUCACCGCAUGGUACAGCAAUUGCCGGAGAUCCCCCAGUUCGAUCCAACAGUGUCGGUGGCGGAGAUUAGGGAUACCAUUCAUCGUUUGGCUGUUGGCAAGGCCAGAGGAAUGGAUGGCUUCUCUAUGGCCGAGCUUAAAGCGAUGGGCGAACAAGAGCAUGAAAUGCUUGCAGCUAUGUUCAACUGUGUUUUGCGCACAGGCCGGUGGCCGCAAGGCCUCACUAGCUCCUUUGUAUCUCUGCUUGCCAAGGUUCAGCAACCGAGGACGCCCAAAGAUGCUCGACCGAUCACAGUGUUGCCGACGCUAUAUAGGCUGUGGGGAAAAGUCAUUAGUCAAAAAAUCUUUCAAGCAAUCCUGCCAAGCCUCUCAUCAGACUUGUACGGGUCUGUACCAGGGAAAUCUGCAAUUGACGCGGCGUGGGAACUCCAAGGCCUUCUCGAAGAGGCAUUGGACCAGGACCAGGAGAGAGUUGGGGUUUCCCUUGAUCUAUCCAAAGCUUACAAUACCAUUCCCCGACAAGUGGUUGAAGCUUUGGCAACAAGAUGUGGUUGGGCCCCAGAGCUCACGCGUGCGUAUUUGGGUUUUCUUGAUAACCUUGAGCGGUAUUUCAAAAUCCAUGAGGGUCUGCAUGCCCCAACAGGUUCCUCCACUGGCGUCCCAGAGGGAUGUCCCAUCGCUGUACCGGUCAUGAUUCUCAUUACAUGGAUGGUAACGUUGGAGGUCACAUCAGAAGAGCCUUCCAAGAGGCUCAUCAGCUACGUUGAUAACUGGACCAUGACGGCAGCUUCAGUGCCCCAGCUCUGCCCUAUGCUCGACAAGAUGCUGCAGGCCACGGAUGCUCUGGCUUUGCUCUUGAAUCCGGAGAAAACCAGGGCCUUUGCCACUACUUCUGCAGCUAGAGCCCAGCUCGCAGAAACACAAUUUGGACAACACAAGUUGUCAGUUGUUCAUACGCACGAUGACCUGGGAGUUGUCUUUUCCUCUACCCACAAGAAGAGCAGCUGUAGCGUGUAUCAACGUCUUGAAAACAAUCAAGCGAAGUUGUCCAAGCUUCGGGUCCUACCAUGGUCGGCAGGUCGUAAAGCCCAAGUUUUGGCAAGAGUCGUGGCGCCAGCUAUCUUGUAUGGUGUUUCCCUGGCAUCCACUUCCCCAUCAUGCUUGGCUACUCUGAGAGGCAAAUUUUCGACAUCUAUCUGGGGGUUACAUCAUCAUAGAGACCACUUUCUGGGGCCUAUCUUUGGACAGGCCAAGAGCUUUGAACCCUUCUUGCUCAUCUUUCAGAUCCGCCUGCGCGACCUGCGAAGAGCCGCGCACAGGGACAGCACGGCCACGACUGCACGAUGGAAUGCCGCACGGACUUCUCGGAAGUCUGGAGGCAUGUUGCAUUACAUGAUGGACAUGAUUGACCAUCUGGGUUGGCAGGUCCUUGAUGAUUGCUCUGUUGUUACUCCGACUGAUCAACACAUUCGCUUGUGCCAUCAUGACACAGAGAGGAUUUUGCAAUGGGUGAAUGAAGCUUGGUUCCGUGUUGCCGCUAGUAAGGUUGUGACAAAGGAUGGCCUUGGAGAUAUCGAAUCAAUUGAUUUGACUUUCUCACAGACAAUCCGUAAGCAGAUCAAGAUCCCUCAGCACAUUACGGCGGCUUUUACAACCAAUGCAGCAGUCCACUCGCGUCAAAAGCGCAAGUUUCUUGAUGAUCAACAAGCUAUGUGCAAAUUUUGCGGUCAAGAGGAUACACAGCGGCACCGUUUGUUUCAGUGUCCUGGCCUAUCGCAAGCUAGACAGGACAUGCCUUUGCAAGAGAUGUCUGAAUAUCCCCAGUUACUUCUCGAGAGAGGAUUGUGUAAGAAACCGCAGGCUUUUGUGGCUUGGGAGCUGUCUGUCCUUGAUAUCCCUCCACCCAAGUGUCAAGAAAUCUUUGAUGAGCAUGUGCACUUGUUCACUGACGGGUCUACGGAUGGUGUAUUGACUGUUCCGUGUUCCUCUUGGGCUGUGGUUCUUCAAGAGCCGCAUUGCUUCAAUAGGGCAGUGGUUGCAUCUGGCCUUGUACCGGGCCGGCAGUCGAACUAUAGAGCAGAACUGUAUGCCACUAUCGUAGCUGUGCAAUCGGCUGCGAGUGCGACCGUCUACAUUGACAACCAGGCCGUUUGUGAUGGAUGCAAUGUUUUGAAGACACGUGGUUGGGUGGAUGUGGUUUGGGACAAGAAGGCUGAGUUCUCACUGUGGAAACAGCUUGCUCUACUGUUACAUGGGCGCAGUCAGCAAUUUUCAUUUAUUCAUGUUCGGUCUCAUAGGGAUGUGAACAAGCAGUCCUCAGACUUCUUUGCUUGGACAGCAGCUGGCAACAAUGCUGCUGAUGAGGAAGCUAAGCGUGCCAAUCGGCUUAGGCCACCCGAGCAGACCCGUCUCUUGAAGCAGGCGCGCCACGAGUGGCGCAAUCAGGUCUUGCAGUAUCACUUUCGGUGGGUCUGUCUCCUUCUCUAG